UGUGAUGGUUAAGGGUCGCCUUUUUGUGAGAGUCACAUUUCCUCAGUCUUUUGUUACAUAAGCGUUGCAAGCAAGAGAACUCUAAUUGAUUUCGAUUCGUGGUCAAAGCUAAUACGUUUACGAAAAUGUCUACUAGCAUGCGGACUUUUGACAGUACAACCACUCUGACUGUGAGUGAAGGCUACGAUUUGACAAAUCAACAACACUACUCGAAGAGAAGAUGUCAAUGUGCGUGCGGUGCUUUGAAUCGGAAAGUAACUUUCCGUGUUUGGCACCUUUUGCUGUUCUUUUUCGUCAUACUGUUGAUUAUGCUAUUGGUGGGUGUACUGGCAGCAAUGUAUGGUCCCAGAGAGCCAAACUCAAAGCACUCCAAAGUGUAUGUAGAAGGUGAUGAAGAGUCCACUACAGCACCAACAGAAUCUUCUGGCACAACUAAAGAAACGGACGUAACCACAAAAGAGAAACCAACAGAACUUCCGAUCACAUCCGAGGGAAACAAGCCAAAACCCAGUCAGACACCAACAACUCCUCAGGAAACAACGGUGAAAACUGAGCCUUCUUCUACUACUACUGAAACAAAAGCCAGUGUUACUACUACAGCACAACCAAAAACCACAGAAAAACCAACAACUAGAGCACAACCAACAACCUCACAGAAAGCAACAACUACUUCUCCAUCAACAACCACUGCUCCAACAACCACAGAUAAAGCAAACUCACCAACAUCCACUGCUUCAACAACCACAAAAAAACCAACAACCACGGAAAAAGCAGCAACUACCGCUCCACCAACAACCACUGCUCCAACAACCACAGCGCAACCAACAACCACAGAAAAACCAACAACUACCGCCCCACCAACAACCACUGCUCCAACAACCACAGCGCAACCAACAACCACGGCAACAACUACUGCUCCACCAACAACCACAGCGCAACCAACAACCACAGAAAAACCAUCAACCACCGCUCUGAAAACCACAGCACAACCAACAACUACAGAAAAACCAUCAACAACUGCUGCUCCAACAACCACAGCGCAACCAACAACCACAGCACAACCAACAACCACAGAAAAACCAUCAACAACUGCUGCUCCAACAACCACAGCACAACCAACAACCACAGAAAAACCAUCAACCACUGCUGCUCCAACAACCACAGCACAACCAACAACCACAGAAAAACCAUCAACUGUUGCUCCAACAACCACAGAAAAACCAUCAACUGCUGCUCCAACAACCGCAGAAAAACCAUCAACUGCCGCUCCAACAACCACAGAAAAACCAUCAACUGCUGCUCCAACAACCACAGAUAAACCAACAACUACUUCAGCUACAGCUACUGCCGCAUCAACUGCUGGGCCAACAACGGCAGCACCGACCACGGGCCCUCAAAUAAAUAUUUUAGAGUGCGACACAGCCAUAGUUGGAGCAGGUGCGGGUGGCUUAUUGGUGGCAUAUUCACUUUUUGACAAGACGAAUGAAACAAACGUCUGCGUCUUCGACACAGAGGACAGCGUUGAAAACAUUUAUGACCAUGUUUUUCCCCAGGUACCGGAUGUUGUAGUAGGCUUAGGGCAGUGGGACAUUUCCGGUGACAACUAUGCAGAACAGGACCUUGUACGUCAUUUAUUCAACAGCAGUGAUACCUUGUGGGAUCCAAAAACUAAACGUGUUGAAGCUCGUGGACAGUUUGCAAAUAGCUUUGAUGAUCUGAAGUUUAAAGCAUUUCCAACUUUACGACACCGCACGCCACUCCACAAUAAAACACUCACGGAAACUGCAGCUUUCAUCUAUAAUAAUAAGAGGAAUUUCACGCAGUUCUCAACCGCGGAGACUUUCCUUUCGUACGAACUGUCCCCGGAGGGAACCAAGCUUAUGGCAGAAAAGUUUGGCUUCAAAGGUCACUACAUGCAAGCCAUAAAUCCAAUGAGUUAUAGAACUUAUCUUGAGAAAGAAUAUCAUAUUAACACCGCAUCAGCAGAUGCGAAAAGGCCUCCUAAUUCCAAAGGAAUCUCAGAAAUUGUCAAAGAGCUCACUAAAAAAGUGGAAAGUGGAGGCGGUAAAAUUUAUCGUAAAGAGACAGUUGCUUCGAUCAACAGAGAAGGAGAUAAAUUUCUUCUUCAAACUACAAAAUUAACUGUGAAAGCCAAUAAAACAGUUAUCACCGUUGGACCAGCUGCUCUGAAGAAGAUCGAAGGUGACGUCAUUCGAAAUAUCACAGGCCAUCAAAUAUUCGAAUCAAUUGUUGGUGUGCCUGCAUUCUAUGGGGCAGCGGUAUAUGAUAAACCAUGGUGGAAUGACACAACUGCCACUCAAAAGGGCAACAACUUGGAGCCUUUGGAGAAGUUCAUAUCCAGCGGUUACUGCCUGGGAAUUACCAUGCCUUACAAAGGUAGUGGAACCAGCGGAAAAGUGGUCUUGCACACAAUAGCUAAUAACGGAGGAUGCAGCGAUAUGUGGGGGAAACUUUUGGAGAUUUCUACAUCUAAUGAUGUUAUCGACAAAGAACUAAAACACGCUCUGAAGUACAAGUUUCAACGUGAUAUUCCCGAUCCUUUGGAGACUAAGUACAAAUAUUGGAAGGAAGGGUUUUGGUUUUUUCAGAAGCCUGGGGCCAACAUUAGCUCAACGACCAUUCGGCAAUGGGCGAGACGGCCGCUGAUCGGACAAGAUGUGUUCUUAGUGAACAGAGCGUAUUACGAUUUCGGUGGAUAUUUGGAAUACACCAUACGAUCUGCUUUUGAGGCCGUACAAGAGGGUUGGAAUUCUGAGCUUGUAAUUGAUGUAUAAGAUCCGUAAAAGCCCUGAAUACUUAGAUUUUCUGGUUGAUAAUGAUGGCAUGAAAAGAAAAUUACGAUCUGCUCUUGAGGCCGUCAAAGAGGGUUGGAAUUCUGAGCUUCCAUUUCAUGUAACGAGCUUCUGACUACUUGGAUUUUAUGGUUUAUGAUGUCUGGCAAGAAAAGAACAUUAUAUUUUUGUAAAAGAUGCGAAGAUUAUGACUAAGAAAGUAUUUAGUUUAGGUGACUGAGUCGUAAAGUUUGUUUAAAAACGUCUAUCUUUUUUUCUGGCGCAUGCCUUGUAAUUCAAAUAAUAUGCAGAUUCAAUUAAGCAUUGUAAAUAGUUUUAAUUCUUAUGUAUCCCAUUCAAAUAAGACCUCUUUAUUGACGUCAAUGAUAAUCAUUUAAUUUUUCCUCGAUUAUUUCUAUUGAGGUAUUUUAUGUGGCUUUAUCGGAUGUCAGUAUGCAAAGAGAACAAUCAGUGUAAUCAGUGUGAUCUUCCUGCGUUUAUAAAGAGAUGUAAAACUAAUUCAUUCGUCAGGGAAAGAGGAACAUCGUUAUAGAGUAUAACUGAUAGAUUUAAAUAAUUCAUAAAGUAUUCUCAUUCGUUACCUGUCGUGCAAGUGUCUCGUUAGUUUGUGUGUUUGCACUUUAAGAAGCUCUUAUUUUGAAAGCGGCUUAAGUAGCGUUCAUGCUCGGUUUCGUUCGCGGAAGGGUGGCCAUGUUGGGGGAAAGCUCUCCCUUUUCGAGAGGUGCUGCAUAAUGAAGACCGAAGACCGACGAAUUUUAACGUAAAAAGGCAUGAGGAUGACGGCUGACUCAUGAUACGUUCGGCACCAUGCGCUGUGUACGUGUUAGGCGUCGAAAUGGCAUCUUACCGUAACAAGGCGUUAGUGCCAAACUCGUACUCAUGGUUUGACUGGUACUUAACGACGCAUGUGCAAAGCAUAAAAUUUAUGUCACUGGCUUUAAAUCAUAUUGAAAACCUAAAAGAAAAUACUAAACUAAACCAAAAUGUAAAAAACCUCCAAUGAGCUAGCAUACUUUAUGAGGUGACCUUAUUAAGUGCCAUUUAGCUGUCUUUUGUCUCAGUUGAAUGAAUUCAAACUUACAGUUUGUAUAAUUGGGUUACCAUGUCUAAGA